AUGGCAGAUGCCACGUGUCUCCCCAGUCCUAUUGACUCACAUCAUGGAGUCUGGCACAGGCUGGACGUGAUCUUUGCCGACUUCUGGCGUAUGCUGGAGGGCAGAGCACAGCCACUUGCCUCACAAAAUUCAAGCAGCCAGCUACCCAAGAUGCGGCCUCCAAAUAGUAGGAAGGCUCCAAAGGCCGUAAAUUGCAAAACGGGCCUCAUCAUGGCGGCAGACCAAACAGCAUGCUCCUCCCCAGCACAAGAAGCUGAAGCUUUAUAUGAGACACAGCCAGGAACAUCAAGCACCAUGGAGAUGCCCAAUCCAACAAGUUCACAUACCCCACCUUACAGAUACUGGGUUCAGAGGACUGUAACACCUUGCUAUGCUCCAGAUCCUGACUCUGCAAGCAGACCAGCUCUAUCUGUCAUUACACGGGCCCAGAGUCUCGCCAUAUCACUCUGUAGUGCCCUUUAUCUAAUUUAG